AUGAAACGGCGCGGAGGUCGCUGGGAAAACUUUAACGCCGAAUUCAACGCUGACAACGAAUGGUCACAAUCGUCGACCGGCUCAACUGGUGGUCAACGAUCCGAGAAGACAGAUUCAAAUGCUGUUCCCACUCUUGCUUCACAUCGCCUGAAUCCCGAUGCGUGUGGAAUCGAUUAUGAAUUUGGUGGCAAAGACUACAGAAAAGAGAUGCCCUUGAAGAAGGACCACGAAUCAAGGCCAUUGUGGGUCGCGCCGGACGGGCACAUCUUCUUGGAGACUUUCAGUCCCGUCUACAAACAUGCUCGUGAUUUUCUCAUUGCGAUUGCUGAGCCGGUCUGCCGCCCUGAAUUUAUCCACGAAUACCAAUUAACGGCCUACUCUCUAUACGCGGCUGUUUCUGUGGGAUUUCAAACUGGCGACAUCAUCGAGUACUUGGAUCGUUUAUCAAAAAGCGAACUCCCCGACGGCAUAAAAGAAUUUAUCCGACUAUGCACACUCUCGUAUGGAAAGGCGAAACUUGUCCUGAAACACAAUCGCUACUACAUUGAAUCUCGACAUUCGGAUGUUAUUCAAAAGUUGCUAAAGGAUCCGAUUAUUCAACCGUGCAUUUUGGACGAAGAACGACCAGCCGAGGUCACUUCUGCAAAAACGGAUUUAAAUGUGAUCAGUUUUCCCACAACGCAGACAAAACCCGAAAAUGGGGAUAAGAAAGAAGACAAGGAUGUUCCUGAAGAUAUUAAUGAAUUUUAUGAAAAACUUGAAGGCGAGGACGACGAAGAUGCAGAGGCAAUAAGGACUCUUGAGCUGCUCACUUUCGAAAUCAUUCCGUCUCAAAUCGAAACGGUUCAAAAGCGAUGUAUCGAACUGGAGUAUCCGUUGUUGGCCGAAUACGAUUUUCGAAACGACACAAAUAACCCAAAUCUUGGAAUCGAUCUUAAAGCGUCCACUACAUUGCGUCCCUAUCAAGAACGAAGUCUUCGUAAGAUGUUUGGAAACAGCAGAGCCAGAUCUGGAGUCAUUGUACUUCCAUGUGGUGCAGGAAAGACUCUGGUGGGUGUGACGGCUGCUACAACAAUCAACAAACGAUGUCUUUGCCUUGCUACAAGUAACGUGUCUGCUGAGCAAUGGAAAGCACAAUUCAAGUUAUGGUCAACGGUUCAAGAGCGUCAAAUUGUUCGAUUCACGCGGGAAACGAAGAAUGAACUGAUUCCCACGGGCACCGAAGCGGACAAACCAGUGGUCUGUAUUUCUACAUACUCAAUGCUCGCAUAUUCUGGCAAGCGAUCGUACCAAGCCGAACAAGCCAUGCAGUAUAUUAGCAGCCGUGAGUGGGGAUUGUUGCUUCUUGAUGAAGUACACACGAUUCCGGCAAAAAUGUUCCGCAAAGUUCUAACGAUUGUACAAGCGCACUGUAAGCUCGGACUGACGGCGACACUUGUUCGCGAAGAUGACAAGAUCACAGAUCUCAAUUUCCUUAUUGGCCCCAAAAUCUAUGAGGCAAAUUGGAUGGAGCUACAACAAGCAGGACAUAUUGCCAAAGUUCAAUGUGCAGAAGUUUGGUGCCCAAUGACUUCGGAAUUCUACUCAUUUUAUUUAAAUGCCCAAAUCUCGCGACGCUUACUCUUGGCUGUUAUGAAUCCAAACAAGUUCCGAAUGUGCCAAUAUCUGAUCAAAUAUCAUGAGCGACGGAAUGACAAGAUAAUCGUGUUCUCCGAUAACGUGUUUGCACUCAAAAAGUACGCUAUAACAAUGCACAAGCCAUUCCUUUAUGGUGAUACACUACAGUCCGAAAGAAUGAAAAUUUUGCAAAACUUCCAAUGCAAUCCGCAAGUAAACACGAUUUUUGUCUCAAAGGUGGCUGACACCUCGUUUGAUCUGCCAGAAGCUAACGUUCUUAUUCAAAUUUCGGCGCACGGUGGCUCUCGAAGACAAGAAGCGCAACGAUUGGGAAGAAUUUUGAGGGCAAAGAAGAACUCAUCUGAACAAUUCAACGCUUUCUUUUAUUCGUUGGUCUCACAGGAUACCGUUGAAAUGGGAUAUUCGCGGAAACGUCAAAGGUUUUUGAUCAAUCAGGGUUACGCCUAUCGUGUUGUUAACAAACUCCCCGGCAUGGAAACUGAGCAACUUGCGUUGAGUACAAAGGACGCUCAACGACAGCUUCUGCAACAAGUCUUGGCCACUUCUGAUGCCGACGCAGACGAGGAAGAUGUAAAAGAAGAAAAUGUCGACGGAAGUUAUAAGCCUUUGAGAAGAGAAAUCUCGAUGUCUGCAAUGUCGGGUGGUCUUGCCGGUUCAGCUCCAGCUCGAAAUAAAUCGAAAGGAAACGAACAUCCGCUAUUCAAGAAAUUUCGGCCGCAC